ACGCUAACACAAAUAGCCAUGAUGGGUGAUAAAGAAAUUCCAAAGAAAGCUUCAAGUGGCAACGGCUCCAGGAAGAGCAAGAAGAAGAAGAGAGGGGUUAGUAAGAGGAAGAUGACCUCUGAACAGUCUUCCGCUUACAACUCUAUCAGUGAAUGGGUUUUCCUUGACCAGAGGAGGCCCGGUAAGAUUCUUGAUGAUGAUUUUCUGGUGCCAUGGCAUCAGCGCAAGGAGAAAUUUGUGUUUGAAUUGCACACCCAUUCUACUCACAGUGAUGGCUACUUGUCCCCUUCCAAGGUGGUUGAAAGAGCACAUCAAAACGGGGUCAGUUUCUUAAUGUAUUCAGUGAAUUUCAAUUACCUUUUCCGUGUUGUAAAUAUGGAAUUUCAGAAUUAGUUUGCAUUGUUUUAUGCUGUUAUUCGUUCGAUUAUAUUCCAUAAAGAAAAUCAGAAGUGAGUUCUACUAAUUGAAGCACAACCAAUGGCGAUUGAUGUGUUGAUUGAUAUAAUCUGUCUGGUUGAUAUCUAAAGAUGAAAUAUUGGUCAGUCACUUGAGCUACCUUUUCGCUUAAUAAUACUGCCGUGUUAAAAUUUUAGAGCAGUAAUGCAAUAAUCUUUGUAGUUUAUUUGUUGUAGAGGGGUAGUGCUCACUAUGAAAGUAUACAGUGUGAGAGGUUUUGAGCCCAUAUGGUAUGAGUCAUAUGGGUGAAACGGUUGAAUCUUUUUGGCGAAGUCCUAUUCUGCCAAAGAAGUAAUUCAAUAACUACUUAUUCUGAUGAUUUUGGUAAUUCUUCCGAUAAGCAGAACAAGCCAACUCAGGUAGCCACAACCCACAAUUUGUUUCUGAAUUUAUGUGAUGACACCUGAAUUUCUUGGCUCGUCUCGUAAGUUUUAUCACAUGUUAUACAAUUAAUUAUAACUCGUCAAGAAUGAUAUGGUACUACUUGGGUUAGAUGAGAGUAUGAUAUUGAAGAUGGUUAUGUCACUUAUGUGGAGGGAGAGCAUACAUGUGCUGGAUUGAAUUCCUCUUUCUCUAUCUAAUGUUUCUAACUCCAACAUUCAAAUGUUAGUUCAUGUUAAUCGACCCCAAACUCUUUUGGGAAUAAGUCAUGGAUGUUGGUGCAUUAUACAGUUAAUUAGUUCUAACAAGGUUCAGAACAGGUGAACGUUUUAUCUUUGACUGAUCAUGAUACAAUGUCUGGAAUACCUGAUGCCCUAGAAGCUGCACACAGAUUAGGCAUCAAAAUCAUUCCAGGUGUUGAAGUCAGUACUAUGUUCUCCCCAAGGGAGGAGUCUGGAUCAGAAGAACCGGUUCACAUCCUAGCAUAUUACAGCAGUUGUGGACCAACAAAGGUUGACAAGCUGGAAAAUAUGCUGUGUGCUAUAAGGGAAGGACGUUUUGGACGUGCCAAAAACAUGCUUUUGCUACUCAACAAACUCAAAUUGCCACUUAAAUGGGAAGAGGUACUGAGAAUAGCAGGCAAGGAUGUUGCUCCUGGGAGGGUGCAUGUUGCUCGUGCCAUGGUUGAAGCAGGAUAUGUUGAAAAUCUACGGCAGGCUUUUGACAAAUACCUUCAUGAUGGUGGGCCUGCAUAUGCUACUGGAAGUGAGCCAGAUAUGGAGGAAGCUGUGAAAUUAAUAUGUGAAACUGGAGGUGUGGCUGUAUUGGCACAUCCAUGGACAUUAAAGAACCCGGGGGCUAUUAUAAGAAGACUGAAAGCAGCUGGCCUUCAAGGGAUAGAGGCUUACAGAAGUGAUGGAAGAGUUGCAUCGUACAGUGACUUAGCUGACACAUUCAAUCUAGUAAAGGUUGGAGGGUCUGAUUUUCAUGGAAAAGUGGGGCAGGAAGAGCCUGAGCUAGGAAGCGUGAGCCUCCCUGUGUGUGCUGUGCAUGAGUUCCUGAAGGUGGCCCGCCCAAUCUGGCGAAGUGCCAUUGCACACAUCUUGGAGAAUUAUAUUGAGCAUCCCACGGACUCAAGCUUACAGCCUAUAAUGAAGUAUUGUUCUUAUUAUGAAAAGCCCAGAAGGAGUUCAGCUAAUGAGUUGAUCAGCCAAUGCUUGGCUUCCUGGCUGACCAACGACGAAAGACAGAAUGCAGAGUUUGAGGCCAUCCAGCAGAAGCUUUGCGGCUUUUCUAUUAACCAACAAAACACCACUGCUUUUGCUCUGGAUAAGUAACUUUGGUUUUUCUAUUAACCAACGAGGGAAUGGGUUGCAAAAAUAGUUUUGGUUAGAAUUAAUUUUAUCUUUAUUUGGUUUUUGGUUUUAUCCACAAAUUGCCCCAAGGUAAUGAUGUAAACUUAUUAUUGCAACGUAUAUGUGAGUUCCGCAAUCAUUCCACUUGGUACAGUUUUCAUUUUUGGAGUAUUUGUGAUGUUUUUACGUGGACUUGGA